AGCGGCUGCUACGGUGGAUGAUGCGCGAGAGGCGGAGACUUGCCAGGCAGGGGAGGGAGAAGAUGGCGGAGGCCGAGAUUUGGAGUACCUCCUGAUUGAGGAAAGACAAGGUUGCUUCGACUUCGCCUCUUCUCUGGACCCCAGACUUCUGUGAUGAAUGUUGUUGGAAAUAUAUGAGGACAUGGCAGAUGACGACACACAGCCUUCCAUACGAAAGAAGUGUGGCCCAUACAUUUCUUCAAUAACUAGCCGCAGCCUGAACUUGGUCAUCCGUGGGAUAGUCCUGUUUUUAAUUGGUGUCUUUCUUGCAUUAGUAUUAAACUUGCUGCAGAUUCAGAGAAAUGUCACCUUGUUUCCACCUGAUGUGAUUACAAGUAUCUUCUCUUCAGCUUGGUGGGUACCACUUUGCUGUGGAACAGCAUCAGCUGUGAUUGGGUUAUUGUACCCUUGCAUGGAUAGACAUCUAGGUGAGCCACAUAAAUUUAAGCGGGAAUGGUCCAGUGUGAUGCGAUGCGUAGCAGUCUUUGUUGGUAUAAAUCAUGCCAGUGCUAAAGUCGAUUUUGCCAACAACAUCCAGUUGUCUCUGACACUUGCAGCGCUUUCCAUUGGAUUGUGGUGGACAUUCGAUAGGUCUCGAAGUGGUUUUGGCCUGGGUGUAGGAAUUGCAUUUCUGGCCACACUGGUGACUCAACUCCUGGUCUACAAUGGAGUUUAUCAAUACACUUCACCUGACUUUCUGUAUGUUCGAUCCUGGUUACCCUGUAUAUUUUUUGCGGGUGGAAUAACAAUGGGGAACAUUGGCAGGCAGCUGGCAAUGUAUGAAUGCAAAGUCAUUGCAGAAAAGUCUCAUCAGGACUGAAAAGAGUGAAACAUAACUUUGCCCAGGACAACGAAUUACAGACUGUUGGAAGAGAACACACUAAGGAGCCCUUGACACUAAAAUUGCCAAACAGCCAUUUCCCUCAUUUCUUCUUCUGUUUUUACCUCUCUGCCCCCACCCCAGCCUGUUCCAUCCACAAAAAGCACUGUUUACUGCAAUCUGUGAUUGCUUCAACUGUAACUCAUUUGAAAAUUCUGGCCUCGGAAUUGAUUGUGUGGAAUUUGAAUGCAACACACUGAACAAGGUGGUGGUUUCUGUGGCUAGGAGCCUUUCAUUUCUGCACUAAGUAAGGCUUGCCUGAAGCCAUCCUCUUCUCUUUUCCCCCCAUAAUGUCCCAGUGCCAAACUUUUUUUCUUCAGGCUGCAUUCCAUUUUUAUUUAUCUUGGACAACUUGAGGAAUGUGGCGCUCAUUGAGGGGUGGUUGCUGUUUGAUUAUUCUUCAAGCCCGUUAUAUAGAGGUGGUCUGGAAAGAUGUGGAUAAAAUUAAAUCAAAAAUGUAAUCCCAAAUGAUGUCAUCACUAGUUUAAAAUAUAUAUACACAUCUCCAUCUACAGGUCAAUUACAUAUCAGGUGCAUUGACACGCAGCCAACACGUGGUGUCUGUCUUGUGUUGUUUGCACUUAGGAUGCACAACCCACCUGCAGUCACAUUGUCAGUGCCUGUGAUGUGUUUAGGAGUGGUGUCCCUUUGCCAUUGGGCCUCAGCAAGAACACAGCUGCAAAUGCAAGCACAGCCCCAAAGCUAGUGAUCAUUGCUGGGGCUACGGAGAAGUAAGCUCUUUCGUGGACAGCAGUUUUGCCCUGGAAAUAGGAAAAUACCAUACUUGCCUGACUUUACUGAAAUAUUCUUCGGUGUUCUCUUUGCAGUUUUAGCCCAUAAAAUAUGCUUGCAUGUAUUCUGUUGACAGAAGGCAUCAUUAAAUAUGAACUUUUCCUACAGUGGGGCUAGGAGAAGAUCCUGAUGAACAGGGACCAGCUCAUGCCCUAGGGUCAUUACACUUUUACUAUAACAGACCUUUGAGGAUGGGGUGAAUAUGCCUUACUGGAGAUGAACUCCAGGGGUUGUUGAUCUGAAUGGAAACUUAAGUUGAAUCUCCUCUAAACUUGACCAGUUUCAUUAUUUCUGUCAAUAUAUCCAUUUAGGCUGUGUACUGCUGCUUUUUAAAGUUACUUUAAAAAAAAAACAUCUGAAAGGUUUUAGAAAGACAUGAUGCAGCCCCUUCAAAAGGCCAAAGGUGUUCCAAAGAAUGGACCCAUUUAGAGAGAACAUUUAUUUUUCUUAAUAAUGUGUACAUUAUGCUCAUAAACAUGUGGAACAGGCACAUGAAGCAGCAUUUUUAUAGCUUGCAAUCUAAUAUAUGAAGAAUAUGCAAUAGACGUCAUAGAGAAAAUAUUAUCAGAAGGAAAACGUGCAAUCAGUAAGACUUUUUUUAAAAAAACAAAUAAUAUGCAACAUAUCAGUAGCUUCAGCUUUCCACUGGUACUUGCAGCUUCAUUCACUGCGCGACAACUCUAACGUGGUUGUGAUGUUAUGAGACUUUAAUAAUAUUUUAAAGCACUUAAGUAUUGGUGCAUGUUCUUAUUGCCCCUCCUUCCAAGUUAUAAUACUUAUAUCUGAUUUAAUUUUAAGUGGUCUGAAUGAGGUUUGGAAUUAUGGAGAUGUUUUAAAAUGAAAUACCAAACAAUCUACUUUUUUGGCCCAUCAGAAUUUGUGGCUAUCCAUGAUUAUGCUGAUAAAUAUUUAUGGGGUUCAAUCACAUUUCUUAAGUGGUGUUCUGGGCUUGUUAAAUUUUGGCAAAAACAACUUGAAGGUUUAAAUCUGAAAUUUUUUGGCCCUUGUAAAGCAGAGAACCACUGUGGGCAAUAAAUCGGUGAGGACUGAGGGUUUUGAGAGAGCUGUACCUGAGCUUUCUAACUGACCAUUUCUGCUAUUUGUGUGCUCUUGACUCUGUCCAUAUAUGUAUAAAGCAGUGGAGUAAAUCAGAGUUGGUGUGUAUAGUAGUGAAAAGAGAUAAUAUUCUGCAAUGCAUUUUUUCCAGUCUUUCUUGUAGGAGUAACCUGCCCUAGAGAGGAGCAGGAGCUUGGUUUGCAUUUGAUUUUUGUAAAUGUGACUGAAAUGACUGAGGACAAUUGGCAGUUGUAUGAAACCUCAGUUCAUAGUAUAGCGGUACAUUGAUGAAUCCCUGUGGCUAUGUUAUCUGAAGCCUGUAAAGAACUUAGUAACCCAUGGGGACGACUUAACCCUUUGAUAAUUGUCCUUUGAAUCUUACAUGACCUCAUGUUACAUGGUCUUUCUGCCUAGGUUUAUUGAAGGGAUGUAUCCACCCUCCUGAAGAAAUCCAAGGCGACUUAACAACUGUUAAAAACUGAAAAUGUGCAGAGACAUAGAUCUCAGGUCCUGAAGAUUAACUUCGAGAUAAGAAGUGCUACUUUGCUAUGAAACCACUUGCCCACUCUUUUUGUGAGUUGUCCUUUCUGGGCAUACAUAGUUGGAAAGUCCCGCUGUGAAAACUACUGUUACAUCUCCAAUUUUUACAAUUGAUGCAAAUUUAGCCUGUCUUAGCUAUUUUGGUGGUGUUUUAUUUUAAUAAGUUACUCUUCGUUUAAAACAACCCAUGAAGAUUUUGUGUAACAACUAGUCUGUACUGGAAUCUUGAGGGGAGAUAUUUGUAAUGGGAAUGCUGAAACAACCUUAAUUACAGUGGUGGAAAGAUGCAGCUACUGUAUAAUGUAUAAUUAUAAUAUUAGUCUGUCUUCAAAAUGUUCUAUAGAGAAUGAAUAAGGUAUAUUUUAGAUACAACUUUAUAAGCACUAUAAACUCUUACCUAGUUAUGAAUUGUAAAGGUGGUUGAUGUUUACUUCAAAUUGCUGUUAAAAGCAAGAUGUGCAUUAAAUAUAAUUACAGUCUU